GACUGACGCGGAAGAAGAAUCAGCCUCGGAGAAGGAAGAAGAAACCCAAAAUGAGGGCAGCCCCUCCGGCUCACUUCACACUUGUUGAUUAGCGUUUAUCUUCAGCCCUGCGGCGGGUUUGGACGCUUUCCCAGCCGGGCUCUCGUGUGUUUAACCCGCGUCUGGAGCUGCUAGUUUUAGGCUUCACGGCUGUGAUUGUUACUGAAGCCUUUGACUCAAAAUAACAUCACCGACAGGCUCAGCAUCCAGCUUCACUGGAUCAACAUUUCAUCUUUUAUUCAUCCAGCUUCCCAUGCAGGAAGCUCCGGGAAUCACGCCGAGCACGGCGCCCUCUCCGCCGCGCAGCGCCGCUGGGUGGCACCGCUGUCUCCGGGCGGAGGGACUCUGAUCUCGGCGUGGUGGGUGAUCUCUCUGACGUCGAGAAGACUUCAAACCCGACCAUUACUACCUCCCUGAUAUACCAGCGCAAUGUUUUAAGAAGGUGAAUACACGAUUAAUACUUCAGGAGUUGGAUAUUUAGCUAGCCUGUAAGGCGGGAAGCUCCGUGAGACACGCCGACCGCGGCGCCCUCUCCGCCGGGCAGCACCGCUGGGUGGCACCGCUGGGUCCAGCCGGUGGGAUGACUCUCCAACGGGGGUUAGCGACGUCACGUUUAGAAGAAAACUAAUCUCGUUUGGAUCACAAAGUCGUGACCUACUCUGUAUUUUAGGACCUGGGUAAUUAGCUUCUGAAGCAGAGGAAGCUCAGCACUCGUACCGAACACAGCGCCCUUUCGCCGGGCUGCGCCGCUGUGUCCGGCCCGGUGGGAUGUGUCGCCACUGGGGGUGGAACAUUUUCUAGAGAUCCAGGCUUUUCUGUAUCUGAGCCCUUCCCAGUGUGCUUUCCCGCCUGUCGUGACUUUGUGUGUGAAGACAUGGCCGACAGCGGCCGGGCCAGACCGGCGGACCCUGACGCCGCUGACAGCCGGACUGCGAGCCCUCUGACGGUGAAGAAGAGGGCGCAGCAGUCCCCCGGGCUCCGGCCCAAGUACCAGAGCUCCACAACGGGCCACUGCUUCAAGAGAGUCACCCUGACCAAACCCACCUUCUGCCACAGCUGCAGCGACUUCAUGUGGGGGUUCCUCGGCUUCCUGUGUGAAGUGUGUAACUUCAUGUGUCAUGAGAAAUGCCUGAAGACGCUGCGUUCGGCUUGUUCCUGCAUGGCUCCGUCUCUGGUCCGGGUCCCGGUGGCUCACUGCUUCAGUCCAGCUGGUCAGAAGAAACGUUUCUGCUGCGUCUGCAGGAAGCAAACGGAGGGAAGCACGGCGCUGCGCUGUGAAGUGUGUGAGCUGCAGGUCCACACUGACUGCGCCGUCUUCAGCUGCGCCGACUGUCGCAGUUGUCACCUGGACGGGACUCUGGAGCAGGAUACGUUCCACCACCACUGGAGGGAGGAUAACCUAGCGUCGGCGGCGAGGUGUGAGGUUUGUCGGCGUUCCCGCGGUUCAUCUGAAGUCCUGGCGGGGAUGAGGUGUGAGUGGUGCGGCAUCACGAGCCACGUGUCGUGUUACCUCAGCGUGCCACCAGAGUGCACUAUGGGACGUCUGCGCUGCAUGCUGCUGCAUCCGGCCUGCGUCCGCCUCGACUCCAGAAACUUCAGCAAGAUGCACUGUUACCGCAUCACCGAGAGCUGCAGCCAAGACCUGGAUAACUCGGAUGACGUCGAUCCAUCCGCUGCGGUGUCAAAAGACGGUCAGCCGGCUGCUUCAGACCCCGGUAAACAGUUUCUCAAGGUGUUUGACGGUGAUGAUGCAGCCAAGCGUGGAAACUUCCGACUGAUCUCCAUCUUAAGAGCCACCAGAAAUGAGGAAGUGGUGGAUGCGGCACUCAGAGCCUUCUACCUCCCUGACGAACCACAGGACUUUGAGCUUCAUGAGAUCGGCGGUCUGCAGCGUCUCCAUAGUGAUGACAUCCUGAACCGGAACGGCAGUCCGGAUAACAGGAGCUCGCUGAAGGAUGGCGGUGACACCUGGCUGCUGAGGGCCAAACCCAGAGACACUGAGGUCAUCAAGGUGUACGCUGCCUGGCCCAGGUCGGGUGCAGGUUUCGUCUCCGUCUCUGUCUCUAAGAACAGCACGGCAGCUUCAGUCCUCACUGAGGUCCUCAGUCAGCUGGACAGACAGGAUGAAGAUGCGUCCAGAUUCUACCUGCUGGAGGUUCUCAUGAGCAGCAAACAAGUGCAGAGACAGACGCUGACGCCUCAGGAGAAGAUCCUGGACAAACUGCAGGAGAUCAGGAAGACGUCUCUGCGGCAGAUGAACCAGACUCGGUUCUACAUCGUGGAGAACAGGAACCGGUCGGUGCAGGUCGGCCUGCUGAUCGGAGGACUGCCCCCCCUGCUGAACAAAGACGAGUACACCCGGCUGAUCCAGGAACACCUGACCAUCAAGAGUCACCUGGUCACUAUCAGCCACAUCUAUGCCAGUCAAGGUGCGGUGGCGUUACAGAUCUCGUGUUUCACUGAAGCCGAGAGGAUCUACAUGUUGGCUAAAGACACGUCUGUCAACAAUAAGACGCUCAGUUCAUUCGUCAUCCCAGAGAUCCUGCAUAAUAAACUGGGACAAGACGUCUGUCCUCUGCUGGUGUUUGUCAACCCGAAGAGCGGCGGACUGAAAGGCCGAGAGCUUCUCUACAACUUCAGGAAACUUCUGAACCCUCAUCAGGUCUUUGACAUUUCCAGCGGAGGACCGCUGGCUGGCCUGCAUACGUUCCGGGAGGUUCCCAGGUUUCGGGUGCUGGUUUGCGGGGGCGACGGGACCGUGGGAUGGGUGCUGGGAGUACUGGAGGCGGUCCGGCACAAACUGGUCUGUCGGGAGCCGCCCAUGGGCAUCGUACCGCUGGGAACAGGUAACGACUUGGCUCGUAUCCUGCGUUGGGGGGCGGGUUACAGCAGCGAGGAGCCCCAGCACAUCCUGGCCUGUGUGGACGAAGCCGAGGAGGUUCUGAUGGACCGCUGGACCAUCCUGCUGGACGCUCAGGACAUCUCUGAGGACGGAGAGGUCAACGACUUCCUGGAGCCGCCCAAGAUCGUCCAGAUGAGCAACUACUUUGGUCUCGGCAUCGACGCGGAGCUCAGCCUCGACUUCCAUCUGGCCCGAGAGGACGAACCUGACAAGUUCACCAGCAGGUUCCAUAACAAAGGUGUGUACGUGAAGGUCGGUCUGCAGAAGAUCAGUUACACCAGGAGUCUCCACAAAGAGCUGCAGCUGCAGGUGGACUCACAGAUCGUCCCGCUGCCCAACAUCGACGGCCUCAUCUUCCUCAAUAUACCCAGCUGGGGUUCUGGUGCUGAUCUCUGGGGGUCAGAGGUCGACAGUCGCUACGGGAAACCCAGCAUCGAUGACGGCCUGCUGGAGGUGGUGGGGGUCACCGGGGUCGUCCACAUGGGUCAGGUGCAGAGCGGCCUGCGGUCAGGGAUUCGUAUUGCUCAAGGGAACUACAUCAGGCUGACGUUGAGCAAACCCAUACCUGUGCAGGUGGACGGAGAACCGUGGAUCCAACCGCCGGGACACAUCAUCAUCUCUGCUGCUGGGCCAAAGGUUCGGAUGCUGAGGAAGUCCAAGCAGAAGCAGAAGAAGUCAUCAUCUGGCGUGAAGGACGGACGCUCAGAGAGUCCUUCCUCCAGAGACGGAGGACACUGACCGACCCACCUGAACACCCGUAUCCUGCCUUGUACCUGCUUCCUGCCGCACCUGGAAGCCGUUUUUGCUGCCAGCAGCCAGCCAUGACUUCACCCAUGUAGCUUCGUAGCGACGCUGACGGGGCCGCAGGUGGACCCGGAGACUGAAGGAGGAGGUUUAACUUUUACAUCAUGCAUACAUGGUGGGAGCAAGUCCUGGAUCGCCUUGAGUUUGGCCCAGUUGGGAUCACAUUUCCAUCCUGCUGACCAAGCACUUACCAGUAACAGAAUUCACCGUAACCAUGGUUACUAUUCAGCACCUAAAAUUUACUUUUUUUACUUAAAACGCAGCGGUAACAAGUACUUAAUACAUUCAUAGAAUUUCUGCAUAGACUGGGCAAGAGUUAUUACUGAAUUUUGACGAUUUCCCAGUAUUGAUAAGCUCUGGAGUUGAACAAAAAAAAAAAAGUAUUUAACAGAAGUUGUUGAAUUUCUGAGCAGAUGUGACUGUACAUGUACAGCGAGUAGCAGUAGACUCAGUGUCAGUUGAUAUAUUGUAAUUACUUAGUUGUGAAAAUAAUGUGCAGCUAUAGAGUGUUGGUCAUUUUGUCAACAGAAAAUAUGAAGAAAUCAAACAGUGAAACACUCCUGAAGAGACUGACUGGCAGUUUUUUUUUUUUAUAAAGCUGCAACCACAUAAUGUUUAUCACAACCAGAAAUCUCCUGGGAUGCUGAACUGGCUCUUCUUCUUCUUCUUCUUCUUCUUCUUCUCUUGUGUGAAAUCCUUUUAGUAACGUCGGUCCUCCAGGCGUCAGAAGACGACGUUCAUGUUGCGGUGAGCGUCCUCUGAAACCACGGCGACCGCUGUGCAGCUUCAGUGUGUAACUGAAGAUUUCACACAUUUGUUUAAAAGUCAGUUCAGUCUGAGCUGUAAAAACCUUGUUAACUGAAGACCAAGCGUACAGUCUGAAGCACAGUUUGUACUUCAACAGAGGAAAUCUUCUUAAUGAAAGAGUUUGAAACAGCUUCUACUUUGGCAACAACAUCAGUGUUUCGUCACCAUAUUAGUUUUGCUCAUCUUGUACAUAAUAACUUGUGUGCAUAAGAUAAAAAAAAAAUGUCUUUUCUGACUUUUUUAUCUUACCUUUCUCCAUUAAAAACCGUCAAAAACCUCCUAAUGACCUGUUGGUCAGACUAACAGCAACAUGAACUGUCUGCUUCUUACUAAGAUUAUGUUAAUCUGCUUCCACUUUAUUGUACUUGUGUACAACCAAACAUCUGAGAUCCUGCAUCUCGCUAAAAACUACGAGGUAAAACAAGAGAAUCUGUUGUAAAUAGCACAUAAUUUAAAAAGAUUAGCUGCCAUAACUUAAUAAUUUAUUUUUUAUUAGCAAAAAAAAGAAGAACUGAUUUUAAAUAACACAGAAAAUUGUAAAAUCUGCAGAGAUGCAUGUUAAUAUCUGAAAAAUAGAACUUGAGCAAUCAUUUAGAUUAAAUCUACCAACAUUAUUAUUGUGAUUAUAAUGACAACAAUGUGUUGAAAAUGUCCUGAAGCAGAAUAUUUUACAUGCAAACAAUGAAUCAAUUGUUGGAAGAUUAACUACAACGUUAGAAAAACUGUUAAUAAGUUACUUUAAAUACGUCUCUGUAUUUAUCUGACUAUGAAUCCUCUACUCAACAUAUCAGCUUCUGUUUGAAGAUGAACAUCUGACAUAUCGAGUGUCUUAUGAGAACACGAGCUAAAAAUAAAGUGACAUGCUACAGGCGGUGCUGUUGCCAAGUUAGAAAGAUGUCUGCUGGUUGUAGUUCAGUGUUAAGUGCAGUAGAAACUGUGCUGCAGCUGUAUGUUAACAGCGGUGACGUUUGACUGACGUCUUUCUCUUUCCGUCCUCUAUGAAUAUAAAUCUAUCAUUUUAUAGAGAUAAAUCCUGUUUUUCCCCAAAGCUAAAUGACACGUUUAGAACAGAAAAUGACCCAAAAUAAUAAACUUGCUCACCUGUAGAACAGAUCACCACCAGAUCAAUAAUAAACUGGAGACAAUAAAUGAAUCGAGGGUAAGAAACACACCACCAGGAAGCUGCAUCAACAUUCAUUUAAGGAGACAAAUUAAAGUUACUACAAGGAACUUUGUCUCAUGAUGCCUCUGAUGUAACCUUCAUAAGCAAACGAGACCAUCAGCGAGAUGAUUGGCUGUUUCCAUGUAGCCACACCGGGUCGGAUUCCCGCCAAAUCAUACGGAGCGAUUUACGCCACUCAGACCGAAGAGCCGAAGUUUACAUGACGUGUAGCGUUGUAGCACGAGGUGAGGACAAAGACGUUACGAGGACGCUUGAUGACGUUAAAAGUAAAGUUAGACAUGUUGUCGGCUUCCUGACUCGCUUUAAAAAAAAGACGAGAGAAACAGAGAGAGAGAGAGAGAGCAGUGGUGGUCGAGCGAGCUACAGAGUGAAUGAGGAGAGCGAGCGGCGGUGCGGCGGGAACAAACGAAUCAGAGAAACAAAACGUUGUUUUCUGAUUGUUUCACGGCGGUUCCGUUCUAAAGCAGAAAUAAACUCGCCUACACCUCAACACAACCCUGCAGGAAGCAUGUAACAUGUGACCCGACGUUAGCUGCAUGAACGCCGCUAAAACCACGUUUACUUUGCUUCACGAUCGUCACGUUACAGUUAUUAAUCUAAAACAGAGACACGACCUCAUCGCUGUGCAUCCUGCAAACAGCUGAUUAAAAAAGAAAAACAGUAUUAAAAACGAGAAGCAUCUUUCUUUCACUCGCUUCCGAAACAAAUGCACGCGCUGGUGCUCAUGGGAAACGCUGCUUUUGUCCACAGGAGGCGCCAAAUCAACAGGAAAUGAAAGUUCCUUGUAGUAACUUUAAAUUUAAAAGAAAUCAAGUAUGAAUAACAAAAUUUGUAAACAAAAUAAUAUUAUUCACUUGAAUUACUUAUUUGAAGGAAUGAUUUUUAAUUUGAGGGUAAAAUUACUAAAUUAAAGGAGAAACAAUUAUCAAUAAUGUAACAGAUUAACAUAUAAUAUAAUAUAAUAUAAUAUAAUAUAAUAUAAUGCCCGAGAAAAAGUCAAAGCUGCUUUACUAUUUGAUCAUCUUUCACAGAUUUACAAAUUUUAUUUUACAGUAAUUUAACUCUUUAAUGUUCAAUCAGUAAUAAUUCUAUAAAACCCUGAAUAUAUAUAUAUAUAUAUAUAUAUAUAUAUAUAUAUAUAUAUAUAUAUAUACAUGCUGUAUUGUUUAAUUUGACGCCUGGAUUCGUAGAGUUCAUUCUUGCAUGUGUAUCUGGUACAUCAUACGUGUUGAUACGAGCAGGUCGUAACUGACUCCAAACUUUCAGCAUCUGGUUUCUGAUCUUUGAUCUUUUUCUGCUUCUGAACCCUGAAAUCUGAGCUUCUGCUGCCAGUUUACACUCAAACAGCCUCUGACAGACGCAACGCAGGAGGAGGAUUUUAACGGAAGAGGCUCUUCGUCCACAUUCCCAGACGAGAACAGACGAGGGAUCUUUUAAUGACGAAGGUUCCCAGCUCUUAUUGUAGCCACAGCAAUAUUUGAUCACUGGUUGUAAUGUUCAGAUUAUUUUUAUCUGCGUUAACUGAUUUAUUUUGAUGUUAUAUUUGGUGCUAGGACGUGUUAUAGCUCUGUGCUUGAGUUGUAUUUCAUUAUUCAAAGCCUCAAACUGACAUGAAGCUUUUAUUAAAAGCCUGAACUGAUUCGUUCCAGAUGUUUUAAUUCAAAGAAUUAAGUUUGUGGCUUUGAAUAAACACAAACAUGUCAGUGACUCAUUACCUGUUGAUUCCCAUCGACUGUGGAGUAAACAGCUGGACUCUCUGCAGUCAGAGAGGCUGGUUGUGUGUUUUUAGCGUUGACGCUGCGUACUGACAGUAGUUUAAACUGUUGAUCACAUGCAUGACGUACUGUAGUGUGUUGCGUAUUUACAGCGGCGUUUCAUCUCCUCUUCGUCCCCGCCGGCCGAGGAAGAGUCCGUCCGUCCGUCUGCCGUCGCUGUUCUAGAACCGUAACUGCUGGUUUUUACAUGUUUUAGCUCCUUAACGCCUGGUGAUCGUUUUUCACGUCAUACUAUCGGUUUUUAUUUCAACUUUAUUGAAUCAGAGAUCGAAAUCUCUCAUUCACAGUCAGACAAACACACCAAACAUUCAAAAAACAGCAGA